AUGUAUAGAUGGUCUUCCAGGUACUUGAUGCUCUUGAGCAGGUCGGUGGAUGGUAUUUGUGCAAACUGUUCUGUUUCUGGAAGCAGUUCCAGCUCGUCGAGCUCGUCCAACGGUUUGGAAGGCGUCUGGAGCAGUUUCGACGCGGCCGGGGUGUUGAUGGUUUCAAUGGUGGUGGCUGCGCUGGUGGAGGCCGACUUAGGAGCCGUCGUGGCAGCCGAGGAUGCAGACGAGGGGGUUUCCUUUUUGUUGAUGAACGAGCUGUUCCAGCCGUCGUGA